AUGGCUCAAGUAUCUGCCAGCCCUAACCACCGACGACAUCGACACGGUGAACUCACCCAACCCCAAUCAGGCAGUCCGUAUACCACCCUAAGUGUAACGUCCCUUGGUAGCCAACAGCCAGGCAUAGACUUGGACGAGGGUGGUGCAGACAUUCCCGAUAUCCCUUUCAAGAGGCCUGUCAAGUAUUUACCGCAAGCCAUGGCAUGCAACCCAUCUCGAUUCCAGGAGACCUGGGAUGAAGAGGAUGAGAACUGGAAUUAUCACGGCCCGGUCAACCCGAAUACUCUGAAUUCGAGGAAAGACAGAAGCGUCACCCAGCCUUUCGACGAUCACUCCAGAGGAAGAGCAAUGUCUCCUCAGCUCAUUCAAUUCCAUGGCAGACACGCUUCUUCUAGCCCCCCGAGGAGUCCACGCACGAGGUCUUCGGGGUCAAGGGCUGGGUCCAUUGCAUCAUCGUACCAGACGAACGCUACCUCUUUGCCAGCUUUGCAAACCAAAGGCGCCGGUGAUGACGAGAUUCUGGAGCCCCUGGCUGAAGAAGAGGUUGAGCCAGGCUCGUUUGAUCUUGUAGUACCGUUUCAUGGAGAUAACGGGCACUACUCUCUGGAAACUCGAUCCGAGCUACUCUUCUCCAAGGAUCACCUCGGGGCCAUCUUUGAUGACCACGUCCUUUUUCGGCGUUUUACAGACUUCCUGCACUCUGCCCGACCAAGCUCUCUGCCUCUUCUGACAUACUACUUAGACUGUCUAAAAGCGUUGCGGGCUAUCGCGUAUGUAAAUGCCAUCGCGAGUGGGCUAGACGCAUUGCCGGGACACCAGUUCUCUGUCGAGAAUACUGACAGCACGACAAACAGUUCCCUGGAGAAAAAGGCCGAGGCUGCCUUUGAUGUUCUGGUACAACAAGAUCUCCCUGCAUACAUCACGCACUUGUGGAUUCAGACCGUAAGUGUAUCGAUCAAAAGGCGAAUCACGGGAACUCUUCCUGUCCAGCUAAGGGAGAUGUCUGAAGGGUUGGCAGAAGUGUUCUGCUUGACAGAUCCCUCAAGGCAUGACAACCCCAUUGUCUUUGCUUCCGAAGAAUUUCAUAGGACGACGCAAUAUGGCAUGAACUAUGUCAUCGGACGCAAUUGUCGAUUUCUUCAGGGCCCUAAGACCAAUCCAUUCAGCGUGAAACGGAUUCGUGAUAAGAUAUUAGCCGGCAAAGAGCAUUAUGAAACAUUUCUUAACUACCGCCGAGAUGGUUCGCCUUUUAUGAACCUUCUCAUGGUGGCACCCUUAUACGACAGCCGUGGCACGGUUCGUUAUUUCAUUGGCGCUCAAGUAGAUGUUUCGGGCCUUGCCAAGGAAAGCUCUGGACUUGAUGCCCUCCAGAACCUUGUCGUCAAGAAAGAUUCAGCAGCCUCUACCAGUCACCGAAAUCAGGAAGGCGAGGAAGAAAAAGAUGAGUUCCAGGAUCUCACUGAGAUGUUCAACCCGAUAGAACUCGAAACUGUUCGAAGACGAGGCGGCAACAUGCAUCGCGCCCCUCAAGACGAGGCACAGACAACUACGUCAACCAAUUGGCACAAGCCUCGGAUUCUGAUCCAAGAUGAAACAUCGUCUAUUCAACAACUUAGUCCAGUAACGUCCCUCAAUAGUGGAAAGCUCACGGGAGUCUACGAGCAUUACUUGCUUGUUCGACCGCACCCCAGUCUGCGGAUUUUAUUUGCGUCGCCGUCUUUGAGGCUGCCUGGUAUCUUACAAUCUAACUUCAUGGACAAGAUCGGUGGAUCAAACCGAGUUCGUGAUGGUCUCAGCCAAGCCUUCGCGGAUGGUCAUGGUGUCACCGCCAAGGUUCGAUGGAUGAACAAGUCUGGGGGCGAAGGACGGUUGCGGUGGAUUCAUUGCACACCUCUACUCGGCAGCAACAGUGCCGUGGGUGUCUGGAUGGUUGUGCUUGUUGACGACGAGUCUGAAUUCGGAGUAAGGAAAGGCAAAGAAGCGCCUCCUGUUGAUGGACGUCUGCGCAAAACCGGUGUCCUGCAACAGCCUCGUCUAUCUAGAGACGACAACGUCAGUUUGUCAGGGUUUGCUGCCAUAAACAAGGCACGUGAUGAAGCCGAAGCAUCUGUCGACCUUGAUGUCGAUACCGAUCGCCCCAUGAGCCGUGCGAGCCGAUCAAGUCGGCUGAGCCGAGGUCACGGUGGAUUGCGGCAACCCAGGACCCCGGCAUUUGAUGAUAAUGAUGAGCCACCCCGGCCCGCCUUUACGGUACGGCUAGAGGAAGAUUGA